UGAUACGCAUUCAAGUGCAGCCGGUCGCAAAACUUGUCUUUCAUUGGAGAACAAUACACGAUCAUCAAAUCAAUAUCAUCUAACUUGUUCAAUCAUCAAAGCGGAACUUUUCCAUGCCACAAGCAAAACGAAAUUGGAUAUUUUCCCCAUCCGACUACCAUUUCAUCAUUUUGGAAUUUUGAGAAAGAAUUUUAGCCAACGCUUCCUGCGUUCUCGCAACCACUCACCGUUAUGUUGCUGUGUUAGCCUACCAAACUAAAACCACUGACGGCCGUACCUCCAGUCCUUCAAGUUCGAUAUCCUUCUUGAUGAAAACACUCAUUUCUGGAAUCAUUACAUGGGAAAGAGGACUGUGACACAUUGAUUGAGAGAUUGUUUUGAGAGAUUUAUUCACAAAGAGUGUUUUUCUAUUAAUUUCGCUCUUCACCCAUCUUCGAAGUAACACCUGCUAGUGAAGAUUAAUCUUUUCGUCAAUUGCUUAAUGUUUUAGAUUUUGUGAACCAGCAACAUCAGCAGCAGUAUCAACGACAACAUCAAACAAUUGCAUUUACAUUGUUACAUUUAGCAAGGAUUCUCUAAAUAACCGAGCAACACCAACAUGUCUUUAUUUUACAAACAUAGCGUUUUCAACCAGGCAACAUCUAACUUCGUCCAUUCUGUAUCAAGCAGCGAACUGUCCAAUCUCAUCGCUUCUCCAAGUUUAUCCGAUGCAAGCAACUGUCGCCCAUACCAUCUUGUUGUUAAGACAAACAAGAAGUAUUUCUGGAACCAUGUGAGUCUGUUCCCGACGCCGUUUACGCUUUCCGAUAUCCUUGAUAAUGACGGGGCAGAGAGGUUCGAUGAGGUCGACGGGACUCAGACGGACCUUGUAAACUUUGAAAGAUCGCUGAUUAUCGAGGCUAAAGGUAAAGUCGAGGCUUCGUUAGCAAUGGAGAUAGCUGGUUUUGAGUUAGACGCUAACCGACACAUCGCAGUCUCUGUAGACUUUGGUCAGGUUGUUGAGAAAUCACUCGACAUACCUCAACUCGCCAACUCUGUCAAAGGAAGGAAGAUAAACCUGAAGAAGGAUUUCAUUAAAGAAGUCAUGGCGAAGAAACGCAAUACGCUUUGCCUGGUCGUGACGACACUAAGCACAGAGGCUGAGUCCAAAAUCACGACUGAGCUUCAAACAAGUGGAUCGGCCGACGGUAAAUUCACUGCAGGAACAGCGAGAUCGAUUAACGUCGAGACCUCGCUGUCAGGUGACAGAAAGCGUACCCUAGAGAUCCCGUCAAACACACCGCUAGCUUUCCGUAUGCUGGAGAUUCUGGUCCGCCCAGACCGGAGCAUCCAGCUCAUGCAACUCCCGAACAGUGAGGGCGGGUUCGAGAUUAUUAAAGAUGACAAAGAACCCACACCAAGCCGGGAUUUAACACCCAGAAGUGGUCUACAGUUAAGUAUAAAUGGCCCGGUGCCGGACAUGGAAGAGAUUCGACAGCAGUUGAAGCCGAUGUUGUUAUUGCCUGAACAAGGUCUAAACGAUGCACGGCGCUCCCUGAAAGAACUUCUCAGAACAGAAAACUCUAUCCUGCUCAACAGCUUAAACAUUAUGUUCCAGGUAGCUUUGAACUCUCUACUUGUUGGACACGGCGGCAAGCAGACGACACAGGAAAUAUUGCGGGAAAAACUCGGCUGCUCCGAUCUGAAUGAUACCAAACCUCUCCUACAGGCGGCGGGCUUCUCUUUUGAGGAGGACAGUGUAAUGUUUCCGACAACAGAUGAAAGUCGCAUUCUUAUCUGCACUUCAAAUUUACUGGACCUGCUGGGUUCUUUGAACGAGGACCAAGGAAGAAAAUUGUAUGAGUGUACCGAGGAGGAGAAACGGUCAAUAACCAAAGUGAUUGCACAAGCAUUAGCUGCGGAACGGCUCCCCUUGGACCAGCCGUCUGUCAGCAAUCUCUUCGCUGGUUCCAGGCGGGCAGAGUCGCUCGUGUUCAGCCUGGGAUUCCAGCUAGAGAGAACCGAUGGCAAUUGGUAUCUUUCCUAUAGCACCAGCGAAAUGGUCGAGGAUGAUCUGAGCCCAGCCGGAUUGCUUGUCAUCAUGUGCGCCCUCUGGGAUCAGAAGUGAAGAUGGAGAAGGUGUCGUGGAGGUGUUGUGGAGGUGUCACGGAGGUGUCGCGGAGGUGUCGUGGAGGUGUCGUGGAGGUGUCGUAGAAGCGUCGUGGUAUAGUGGUUCAUUCACCUGACUCUCAAUUCAAGUGUUGAGGGUUCGGAUCCCAGCCCGGUACUAACCGCCCUUUGGCAAUAAAGUAAUCUGCCUUUGCAACUCUCCACCCAGGUAUAAAUGGGUACCUAGCAAUUGAUGGUGUAAUACUAAUGCCAGGGCCCUCAGGGAAGGACAGUAAUGAUGUCGAUAGGGCUUCCAUGGGUAAACGAAAAGCUCUAAACAUGGGUAUAAAUCAUCCUUAUGUUGGGAGAGCAAUGGGAAAACUAUUGUCGUUACGUAGAUAACAAUCAUGUUAGAUUCAAAUUUAGAGUAGUUUCUUUUAUAUCUUCAGACAUUUCUACAUUAUAGUCCAUGGCAUCAAUGCAUUUCUGAUGAGAAUCAUGUGUUUCAUCAAACUGGUAAACACGAGUACAACAUUAGAAAUUUCAAAACACAUGAUACACAAGUUAAUAGGUUUGUGUAUCCAUAAACAAAGGAAAUUAAACCUUGAUAUUUAAACAAAACAGUACUUUAGAUGAUAAUGUAAAGAAAGAAAAGAUCUUCAUUGAUUAUGUUGAUAUUUGUAACCAAGUACGGGACGAGGAGUAAAUUGCAAUUUAGUAAAAAUGUCAUCUUACCGAGCUCACCAUAUUUCAUUACAAUA